AUGCCCUCAUGGAACCUGAGUUCUUCAAUACCGAUAAUACACACGCCACAUGACCAUCCCCCGACAUCUGUAGGAACACCAGUUCUACCAAAUAGUAACCAAGAAAAUGAUCAAUCGAACAAAAAAAGAGCAGGUUCAAAUGAUGAGUUGAACCCUAUAUGGCACUGCAUCAUCUCUGGGGGCAUUGGUGGAAUAAUAGGUGACUCUGCGAUGCAUUCAUUGGAUACUGUAAAAACAAGACAACAGGGUGCGCCUAAUGUAAAAAAAUACAGGAAUAUGAUCUCUGCAUAUCGUACUAUUUGGCUGGAGGAAGGUGUAAGAAGAGGUCUAUAUGGUGGGUACAUGGCUGCCAUGUUAGGCUCUUUUCCAUCAGCGGCAAUCUUCUUUGGGACCUAUGAGUAUACUAAGAGAAUAAUGAUAGAAGAUUGGCAAAUUAAUGAUACCAUCACACAUUUGAGUGCUGGAUUUCUUGGUGAUUUUAUCUCUAGUUUUGUUUAUGUUCCCUCAGAGGUACUUAAGACGAGAUUGCAGUUGCAAGGAAGAUUCAACAAUCCAUUUUUUCAGUCAGGCUACAAUUAUUCAAAUUUAAGAAAUGCCAUAAAGACAGUUAUAAAAGAAGAAGGUGCUCGCUCUCUAUUCUUUGGCUAUAAAGCCACUCUAGCCAGAGACUUACCCUUUAGUGCAUUGCAAUUUGCAUUCUACGAAAAGUUCAGACAAUUAGCGUUCAAAAUGGAAAAGAAGGACGAUAAAGGUGAAGAGCUGUCCAUACCUAACGAAAUAAUUACUGGUGCCUGUGCAGGUGGGCUAGCUGGAAUAAUUACCACGCCAAUGGAUGUCGUAAAAACUAGAGUCCAAACUCAACAACCUUCUACUCAGAGCAACAAAGCAUAUUCAGUUUUGCACCCACAUGUAACGAACAGCAGACCGGCGGCACUUUCAAACUCAAUUUCACUCAGUUUACGGACAGUAUACCAAUCUGAAGGUGUUCUAGGGUUUUUUAGCGGUGUGGGCCCCAGAUUUGUCUGGACAAGUGUUCAGAGUAGUAUAAUGUUGCUGCUGUAUCAAAUGACCCUACGAGGAUUGGGUAAAACAUUAUCCAAUUGA